UCCGUGCUACCUAAGUGUAAGGAAAGACCGCAGAUUGCCAUAUGUUGCUUAUCUAUAGGUGGUUUGUACCCAAUCUCUAGAGAGACAGGUAACAAUAGUGAAAGGAACAAAUGCACAGGUAUCAACGAACGCUUUUCAUUCCACUAAAUCACAGAAUGCAUUCUUAGGAGAUUUUGCCAAAAGCAAAGAUUGUCUCAAAAUAAUGACAACUUAACUGAAGUUUACAAGGAAGAGCUGGAACAAUUGGGAAGAAGUGCCUUGAGGGCCUUGAGGAGAGAUGAGAUGUAUGUUGAAGAGAGUGAAUGUACAGCUUAUAAAACAGGAAAAUCACCUCUGUUUGAAUUUUUGUCAGUUCAGUCUAACAGCAGCAAAAGAAGAUCCCAUACAAGCUAUAGAUAUUCACACAAGAGUUUUCAAGAAUUCUUUGCAGGUUUUCAUCUCUCUGGCAAAAUUUCAAAAGGAGAGACAGACUUUGAGAGACUGCUUUCAAAUUAAAGAGGGAACUUAAAGGCUAUUGGAACAAGUCCUUUUGUUCACAGUUGGUAUUCUUGGCCGCAAAAGUGGGAGUGAUGCCAUGUCACUUUUAAAGAUCAUCACUGAGAAAAUCAAUCCCUUCAAAAACUGUACUUUUCAAAAUUUUUAUCUGUCUUUUGCUUUGGUGAAUGCUCCACAGAAAAUUCAAGACUUCGAUCAGAGAUGAUGAAUUUACUGGGCACAAACCUAGAGCUUCAAUAUUUGUUAAUAACUGACAACACCUUCCCCAUUAAAUUGCUUGUCGAGGCCCUUCAAGUUAACAGCAAAGUGACCCAUUUGUCCAUCCCUUUUCCAUUUCUUGGAGGCCACUGUAUUAUCUCACUGGCAAAUAUGCUUCAGGUUAAUAAACUCUAAAAACAGUUACUAUUAAUGCAACCUGCUUUGUAAGUGGAUAUAGUGUGCAGCAACUGGUAGAUGCUCUAAUGGUUGAUACAACAUUACUCGAGUUAUAUCUUCUUUGUGCAAGUGCAUGGAGCCACGAUACAGUCAGGACCUUGGCAGGCUACUUAGAGAGGAAUAAAACCUUGAGCGUCUUACACCUAUGGCAGAGUGACAUUGGUAAUGCAGGGGCUACAGCAUUUGCAGAGGUUUUACGGACCAACACCACUUUAAAAGCUUUGGACCUUAAGGGAAACCCAGGCAUUGGUAAUACUGGUGCUCUGUCACUGUGUGAGGCUCUGAAAGUCAACAAAACCCUUAGCUCAUUAAACUUGUCUGAGACUGGUAUUGGUGAUAGAGAUGUUCAUUCUCUUGUAAGAGUUCUCAAAACUAAAACCUGCAGCCUAACCUCUUUGUCACUGUCAGAUAUCAAAAUAAGUCAUCAAAGUUUAAAGUCUAUGGCAGAAGUCUUGAGAGUCAACUCUACUUUGAAAGACCUUAAAUUCCAAGGAAACAAGGUUGGUGUUGGUGGUGCCAGGUUGAUAACUGAAAGCCUUAAAGUUAAUACCACCCUGAAAAUUCUUGACCUCUCAAGGAAAAACUUCAAAGCAUCAUGUGGCCAUUUGUUUUCUGAUGCCCUUAAAGUUAAUGGAACACUGGAAUCUCUCAGUUCGGCUGAGAAUGCCCGUGGUGCUUGUGGUGCCCAACUACUAUCAGAGGGGUUCAGGGUGAAUGCCUCUCUUACACAUCUGGACCUGUCUGGGAAUUCCAUAGGAGAAGAAGGUGUAGAUUCAGUUGCAAAGACCAUCAGAGUUAAUGCUUCAUUAACCUACUUAAAGCUAUCAAGGAACAAAAUUUGUGAUUGUGGAGCCAAAAAAGCCUCAGAAGCCCUUAAAGUCAAUGUUUCUCUAAAGGACCUAGACCUGUCAAGGAAUUCCAUAGCUGCUGCUGGAGUUGAGUCAAUUGCUGAGGUCCUUAAAAGUAAUGCUAGUCUGACUACUUUAGCCCUUGAUUUUUAUGUCAUUGGCGACAAUGGAGCCCAAUCACUUUGUGAGGCUCUUAAGACAAAUGCCACCUUGAAUGCCCUGUUUUUGUCUGACAACAAUAUCCAUUCCUAUUUCACAUAA